AUAACAUGAUAGAUAAUCCAAUAACUAAUUCGAUGUUACAUUUUUAUUUAUUAUUAUUAUUUUUAUUAGGUCAAUUAGGAAGUUUCAUGAAAUCAUGAAACCGAUGACGUUGUUUACAUAUGUAUACUGUUUAAAUCUUUUAAAUGCUCUCACAUAUGUGUGUAUAUUGAUUUACUUUCAAAAUGACUGUGUAUUGUCAGUUACUUUUGUGAAAAUAUUAAUAGCAACAUCAGUGGUUAUUAUCAAUUUGUUUUUUAUAAGCCAUUUUUAUGGUUAUCUUGAAAAUCAAGUAAAUUAUAUUUUGACAGUAAUGAAUGGACUACAGUUUGCUAUUUAUAGUACUAAUUGGACCGAUAAAAGUAUAAAAUUAAAAAAAAUGAUCUUAUUGGCUAUGAUUUUAAAUAACACGAACAAAUUAAAGAUGAAUAUUACUCCACAAAAAUCAUUGAAUCUAGAAGUAUUUGGCUCGGCGAUGCGUGUGUCCUAUUCUAUAAUUUCACUCUUGGCAAAAGAAACAAUUUCGAAAUAAGAAUUUAUUUUGAAUCUUUUGUGUUUUAUUAUAUAUUAAGUUCACUUUGUGUUAAAUUUUACAAUGUAAUCUUUAAAUUAAAACAUUAAAAACUUGAU